ACACUUUUUCAUAUUUAUGGGCACGUCAGAAGAUGAAGUUACUUCUUCGGCGGCUGCUGCUUUUUUUUUAGGAGGCAUGAUCAAACGGUUAAUCUCAAAGUUAGGCUAUAUAAAAAUGUUAGUAUAAAAACAGCAACUGCAUUCUCAGCCUACACACGUUCAAUGUUAUGCACUUCAAGCAAUACCGCCGCAACGCACAAGGUUUACAUGAACAGGCACUGACAUUUAGGUACCAUGACAUUUAGGUACCAGUUAGAGCAUUCAAGGUAAACUGAUCAGUCCGAGUAGUGUGAACUCGCUUCUUCUUCUCUCCUCCGUUCCUUCCUUCCUUCCAUCCUUUCCUUUACUGCGUUUAUCAGUUUAGCUUCACUGCUCUGGCAUAUUAUUAAACAUGACUCACCAAACAUAAAUUAAAUAUGAAAGUAGAAGAUAAAUAUUUUUCUCAUACAGACAAGUUAGUUUGGUUUUAAAAAUCGAAUUGUCGGCAAUAAUGAUACAAAAUAACAUCUGUUAAAGACAGAUAGCUUGAGAACUUAAAAAUAAUGACCGAUAAAUGAUUCUGAAUGUUCAGCCUCUUUGUCCUCUGCAACAUGACAUUAGCCCACAGUUGUCAUAUGAGACAUGUGGUUUUCCUGUGAACAAGCUCCACAUCUGCUUUUCUAUUGAAACAUUUAUUCUUUGUCCCAGUCACAGCCACCAUCUUCUGUGAAGUCAGACUAACAGUAUGUAUGUAGCUGUCUAAAUAAUGACCUUGUUCAUCCCUGAUAUGGCUGGUCGUCUGUUUUUGCUCAUCCUCCUUUUCGAUACCUUCCAGUACCUCAAAGCCAAAGAUCUUCCUCAGCCCAGUCUGACAGUGAUUCCUGCAGUCAUCAAAGAGAGAGACUCAGUUCAGCUGAACUGUCAGACUCCAUCUGUCUCUGAGUGUUACUUCAAAAUGGAAGGGCAAGUGGAAUUCACCCUACCAUCACCCUGUCAACAUGAACUCACAGGAACACUACUGGUGAGGUGGACAGGUCAGAGUUCACCAGCUGAGGUCAAAAUACAAUGUCAGUACAGUGCUACAGGUUCACAGUUUAGAUCCAUGUUCAGUGAGCCUUCAACAGUCACAAUUCAGGACCUUCCUCAGCUGACAGUCAUCAGAGAGACAGAAUCAGUUCAGCUGAGUUGUGAGACUCCUCCAUCUCUCCCUGUGUCUCACUGUUACUUCUACAUAGAGGGGAGGAAGAAUCUUCCAGACUCAUUGUGUACGCAGACAAUAACAGGAACUCAGCUGCUGAAGAGGGCAGAUCAAACAUUUCCAGUUGUGGUCAAAGUGAAGUGUUACUAUGCUGUAGGGAAGUCUCACACAUCUCCGUUUAGUAACUCUGUCUCAGUCACUGUUCAGGACCCACCUCCUCCCAGGCUGACAGUCAGUUCUACAGUCAUCAGUGAGAGAGACUCAGUUCAGCUGAGCUGUGACUCUCCUCCAUCUGUCUCUGUGUCUCAGUGUUACUUCUACACAGAGGGGAGAGAUCCUAAACCCUCACCCUGUACGAAGUCACUCACGGGGACUGAGCUGCUCUCGUCGGCAGGUCAAAGUUCAUCUGCUGAGAUCAAACUGAGAUGUUUUUACACAGUAGAAACUCACUUUCCAUCGAUGCACAGUGGUUCUGUCUCUCUAUCUAUUCUUGUGGGUUUGACUCCAGGUCCUAGAUCUACUUUGCCUCCCAGCAAGACAGUGAGUCCUACAGAAGACACCACAGUGACACAAACUACCAGUUUGACCUCCCCUUUGACCCCUAGCACGGCAGUGAAUCCUUCAUCAGGGUCGACUGUUUGCUGUACUUUGACCACUGACACCCCAGCGAGUCCAACUGAAAGGGGUCAAAGCUCCACAGAAAGUGAUGUGGAAUCAAACAGUAAAGAAAGCAUUCUGUUGGGGCAAUUAUGGCAGGCAGCAGUGGCUUCUGGAGUGGGCGUGUUCCUGGUAGGAUUGACAGCUGUCUGUCUCUGCAGGAGGACCAAGAAAACCAAUUCUCAGAGACCUACAACCAGACAGGAUGAUCACAGCCAAUAUGAUUUGGUGUCUAUGGGAGCGGUGAGCAGCGAAGUCAUGGUGGAUUCAGGAGAUGCUAGAAUCGAUUCUCAGAUCACUUCUGUAUUGUUCACGUUCACGCCCUCAGGUCCUGUUGAUGUGGAUACACAGACAUUUGCAAAUGAACAUUCUGAUACGUACCACGUAUACAGCUCAAUCCCCGACAGACCAGCAACCUCAGCCCAGCAGGAUGGGUUGUACAGUCUUCUGCAGGGACACUGAAACUACACCUCUGGCUUUCUGUAGAUACGUCUCUCACAUCUCACACAAAUACAUUUUUUUAUCAUAUGAUAUCCUUUGUUUAUCACACAUCCAGUUACUGUAAAUAAGUUGCUUAACAGGUAAUAUAUCUACUGUAUUACACAUGGACCACUGGUUUCUGUUACAUAUCUAUCCAUAAUAUCUGUUACUGUGUUAAUAUUUUUAUUUGGGGUUUUUUGGAGGGGUCCGGGGCAUACUCUCCUUUGAGCAUUUUCUUAUUUCUUUUCCCUAGUAAAUGCUGAAUCUACUGUAUGUAUGUCUAUUAUGUUGACUGUUUGAUACCUCCUUCCAUAUUGAAAUUAAUUGUUGGAUACAAUUAAUUUCCUAUUGGGCAAAACAUAAUCCAAAACACAACCAAAACAAACUGCAAAUGCAUACAAACUCAACUUUGUUAAGUCACAAACUUGAUGCAUUUAUUGGGUGCAAAGAAUAUAGGACCAAAAUACAUAAUGUUUGACUAUGUAAUACAAUAUAAAUGAA